AUGGCUUUGAUUUUAUUGUAGUCAUGAUUUACACCUUAGAAAAUAAAAUAGACAAAAUUCCAAAUAUAGAGAACUCUACGUUCAGACUAUAAAUCGACAUUAAGAAAGACUCGGCGCAAUUCCAAAUGGGGAAGAAUCGAUGUUCCAAAAUCACAACGAUUGACGGUUUCAGCUGAUUCACAGGUUCUAGCUCGGCACACAGAUCCCAUCUGGAGAAGUGCUUGCUAUAUCGGAUAGAAAUAUUGAUGGAUAUUUGAGUUCAAGCUGGCGCUUUAUGACAAUGCCACAGAAGAAGACACUCGCUCGAUCCAUCCCCCCUGGUGGAGUGGUGGUGUAGCUGGUGCUUGUUGUCAGUUUGUAACGGCGCCUCUUGAUCUAAUUGAGUCGCGUAUGGUGGUCGAUAUAGAAAAGCGUGGGUUGAUUACCAAUAUGGAAUGGGCUAUUAAAAGACAUGGCUUCUUUUCCCUGUAUGAUGGCAUGACUGCGCAGCUAAUGAGGCAGCUUACCUACUCGACGCUGCGGUUCCACUUGUAUCAGAUGGGAAAGCAGCGGUUCGAUGAUUCCAGAUACUUUCAAAAGUGCCUAUUGGCCACAUUUUCGGGAGGCAUAGCCAGUUCUGUGGGAAUUCCCACCGAGUUAGUCAAUACCAGAAUGCAUAUAGAUAGAGCCCUACCAAAGGAUCAGAGACGGAACUACCGCCACGUUUUUCAUGGGUUGUAUCGUGUUUGGAGUGACGAGGGAUUCUCGGCACUGUACAAGGGCGGUCUCUUCUCAAUAAUGCGUUCUUCGCUGGUCACCGUUGGCCAGAUCGCAUCCUAUGAUCAGGCCAAGGAGUUCUACAUGCGAUCCUUUCAUUUCAAACACGAUCAAACAGAGCUGCACGUGAUUAGCUCUGUGACUGCUGCCUUUAUAUACGGACCACUGAUCCAGCCAAUCGAAAACUUUCGGACCCUUCAAAUGACCAGCUCCGGAAAUAUGUCGGCGUACUUCCGGCAUUUAAUCCACUUCGGGAAGCGAGGACUUUUUCGGGGAUUGGUGCCUUGUUUGCUGCGAACAGUGCCGAAUGCGAUCAUUAUGUUUUUACUCUUCGAACAGUUUCGUGUACGUUUUGGAAAUAGGUAUUAGGAACCCUUCGGCUACCCUUUGGCUAUAAGUUUUUCUGCAGUUUCCAGUGAAUCGAGAUACAUAUGAAAGUGGCCCAUAUACAAUGUUAUUCAACUAAAUUUUUUGACGUUCAAUAAAUAAAAUCAAUUUUCUACAAUAGUAA